CAAUGAAACAUCCAAGCAGUAGAGAUCACUACUACAACUGGAGAACAUGAGACUUUUUAUAGUAUUCUUUGCACUUCUGGUGGCUGCUCACUGUGAGCAGCUCUUUAAUGGAGACCAAGUUCUCAGAAUCCAUGCAGAAUCUGAAGACCAUAUUGAAGUCUUGAAGGAGCUGGAUGAGGAGGUAGAUUCAGCGCUGGAUUUCUGGACUCAUGGCUUCUCAACUGAGCGACCUGUUGAUGUCCGUGUGCCUCAUGCUAGUCUGUACGCUGUUAAAGAUUUCCUGAAGGAAAACAACAUCCCUUUUACUGUCAUGAUCAACAAUGUGCAGGACCUUUUGGAUGAGCAGAAGGCAGAGAUGGUCAGCAAUGCAGCGACUGAACGCAACACCAAGAUCUUCGACUUUGCUGCUUAUCAUGACCUGGGCACUAUUUAUAGCUUUAUGGACACCCUUGUUGCAAGUCACCCAAACCUGAUCUCCAAAAUAAAUAUCGGCAACUCCUACGAGAGCCGUCCCAUGUAUGCCCUGAAGUUCAGCACGGGUGGUGUGAACCGACCGGCGAUCUGGAUUGAUGCUGGUAUUCAUGCUAGAGAGUGGGUGACUCAGGCUUCUGCUGUGUGGAUCGCCGACAAGAUGGCUUCAGACUAUGGCAUCGAUCCCUCCGUGACCUCUCUUCUUGGGCAGAUGGAUGUCUACUUGAUGAUUGUGACUAACCCUGAUGGAUAUGCUUUCACUCACACAGAUAACCGCAUGUGGCGUAAAACUCGUUCUGUAAACCUUGGCUCCUCCUGCCGUGGUGCUGAUCCAAACAGGAACUGGGAUGCUGGUUUUGGUGGCCCUGGAGCCAGCAAGAAUCCCUGUUCCGACUCUUACCAUGGUCCCUAUGCCCACUCCGAGGUGGAAGUGAAAAAUGUUGUGGACCUCAUUAAGAGUCACGGCAACUUCAAAUCCUUCAUCUCCAUCCAUUCUUACUCCCAACUCCUAAUGUAUCCCUAUGGCUACACAUGCACAAACAUUCCUGACCAGAAUGAACUGCAUGCUGUAGGCACAGCUGCCAUUAAAGAACUUAUGUCCCUCUAUAACACCAAAUACCAAGUCGGCAGCAUCUGCAAGAUUAUCUACCAAGCAAGUGGUGGAAGCAUCGACUGGACUUACAAAAUUGGCAUCAAAUAUUCCUUUGCCUUCGAAUUGCGUGACACUGGGUUCUAUGGUUUCCUACUGCCUGCCAACCAGAUUAUUCCCACUGCCGAAGAGACCUGGCUUGGACUCAAGAACAUUAUGGAAUAUGUUCGUGAUCACCCUUAUUGAGAGAAAUGUGAAAAUGUAUUGAAGCCUUAUUAAUAAAGGUUGCAGACCCCCA